AUGAAACAUCGAGUUCUUCUAACUGGUUCCACAGGCUAUCUUGGGACUCAUUUAGUGUCAAGACUUUUAGCUGAAGCGAAUGUUGAACGAAUUUUUUGCAUUACUAGACAAAAGAAUCCUGCAACAUUUUGGUCAUCUCUUGAAGCAAGUUUGAAAAGCAACGAACUUUCAGUGGAUGAAUCCAAUCUGAAAUCGAAAAUUGAGCCAGUUCUAUUCGAUCUUGUUAAAGAUCGAAAUUCAUUAUUAAGUGCAUUGGAGCCGUACAAGAAAACAGCCACUGCCGUUCAUCAUCUAGCCUGUGAAACCAACUAUGCCGUCACAGUUGAUACUUUUAAACCAUGGGUGGAGAUUACAAAAAAUUUUGUUGAGUACUGUAUGGACACUCAAUAUCCCAAAGAGUUACACUCAACUGGAAGCUAUGGACACUAUUUGGUUGAUCACAAACACAGUGAUGAAGAUUUCUAUUGGAUUAAUGGCUAUUUUGGAUAUAAGAAAUGGUUGCAUAAUUAUAUACGCGAGAAAUUUCUUCAAGGCUUGAAAGGUGUUCUGUUCGAACCAGGCUAUGUCGUUGGUCCUGUAGAUCCGGGUCAACUAUACAUGUUUUGGCGUAUCAUUCGUAUAUUUUCAGCAUUGGGAUAUGCAUUUCCAUAUAGGAUGCUAGUUUCACCCAUAGAUCUCGUUAUCGAUCAUUAUUGGUUGGCAUUGAAUAAUCCCAAUCAAGGACCCAACAUUCUCACACCAUUUAUAAAAAAGCCAUUCCUUCUUUCUCAAUCAGUGAAAGAUGUGAUUCCAGACUUGAAAGUGAUUGAUUUUGACCAAUUUCGAGACAAAGUGAUGCAAGUCUUUCCAAAAAGAGCAAAGUAUUUCGGUCCAAAUAUGUUAAACUGCUUGGAAUCAGUAGGAAAAACUUUGACCGAUACCUUGCAUCCAUUGUAUGAUUAUUCCAAAUACGAAAAAAUGAACCAAACUGAAUAUCUUCUGACUUGUAGAAGUUUCUCUGAAUCUAUUAAACUGGGUCAAGAAGAAAGAAAUAAUUAUAUGAAGAUAAAACAACAACAGAAAAAUUAG